GCCUAAGACUUUCCAAGUCCUGCAGUUUCGAGCCCGCUGCCCUGUGCCUCCUGGGCGGAGAAGCUGCUUCCUCCUGGGAACAACCGCCUCCCGCUCCUAGCAGGUUGCUACUGCCCCGAACCCGCGCUGCAGGGAACAGCGGGGCAAACAGUGAGUGGGGUUCAGCGUAGACUCUGGACCAGGAGAGGCCCGCGGUGACCGAGGCCUGGGCCCCGGACUGACUUUGGGCCUGGGAGGAAAGAAGAGAGUGGAGCCCCGCCAGACUCCAAGCUGAGUGCUGACAGCCUCUGGGAGUUUAGAACAUCCCUUCUCACACACUGUGCAUUUGAUAGAAUACUCCCUGAGGCACGCAGAUCAACAGCUGGGGGGUAGGCAGCACGCACAUUUAAAAAGAAACCAAUAGAGCCAUGGCGACUCCCUCUGCUGCCUUCGAGGCCCUUAUGAAUGGUGUGACAAGCUGGGAUGUACCCGAAGAUGCCGUUCCAUGUGAACUGCUUCUUAUUGGAGAAGCUUCAUUUCCUGUGAUGGUGAAUGACAUGGGCCAGGUCCUCAUUGCUGCCUCCUCCUAUGGCCGUGGCCGCCUGGUGGUCAUGUCCCAUGAGGACUACUUGGUAGAAGCCCAGCUCACGCCCUUUCUCCUGAAUGCAGUGGGGUGGCUUUGCUCUUCCCCUGGGGCUCCCAUUGGUGUACACCCAUCCCUGGCACCUUUGGCCAAAAUCCUCGAGGGCUCUGGAGUGGAUGCAAAGGUUGAGCCAGAAGUGAAAGACUCCCUGGGGGUUUACUGUAUUGAUGCCUACAAUGAAACCAUGACAGAAAAGCUGGUCAAGUUCAUGAAAUGUGGUGGCGGCUUGCUCAUAGGAGGACAAGCCUGGGAUUGGGCCAACCAGGGUGAGGAUGAAAGGGUUCUGUUCACGUUCCCUGGGAACCUCGUGACCAGUGUGGCUGGCAUUUACUUUACUGACAACAAAGGGGACACGAGUUUCUUUAAAGUCUCCAAGAAGAUGCCCAAGAUCCCAGUGUUGGUUAGUUGUGAAGAUGACCUCUCCGAGGACAGAGAAGAGCUUCUGCAUGGGAUUUCAGAGCUGGACAUCAGCAACUCGGAUUGUUUCCCAUCCCAGCUGCUAGUGCAUGGGGCUUUAGCCUUUCCUCUAGGGUUAGAUUCCUACCAUGGCUGUGUUAUAGCGGCUGCCCGCUAUGGCCGGGGCCGGGUGGUUGUGACUGGCCAUAAGGUAUUAUUCACUGUUGGUAAACUGGGCCCCUUUCUGCUCAAUGCUGUCCGCUGGCUGGAUGGGGGCCGCAGAGGCAAGAUUGUGGUGCAGACAGAGCUGAGAACCCUGAGUGGCCUCCUCGCAGUGGGGGGCAUAGACACCAGCAUCGAGCCCAAUCUGACCAGUGAUGCAAGUGUCUACUGCUUUGAACCCGUGAGUGAAGUGGGGGUCAAGGAACUGCAGGAGUUUGUAGCAGAGGGUGGCGGGCUAUUUGUUGGAGCCCAAGCCUGGUGGUGGGCCUUCAAGAACCCCGGAGUGUCCCCUUUGGCUCGAUUCCCAGGAAACCUCCUCCUCAACCCCUUUGGCAUCAGCAUUACAAGCCAAAGCCUCAAUCCAGGGCCCUUUCGUACUCCUAAAGCAGGGAUAAGGACCUAUCACUUCCGCUCCACCUUGGCCGAGUUCCAGGUUAUAAUGGGCAGGAAGAGAGGAAAUGUGGAAAAGGGCUGGUUGGCAAAGCUGGGACCAGAUGGUGCAGCUUUCCUGCAGAUUCCCGCAGAAGAGAUCCCUGCCUACAUGUCUGUGCAUCGACUCCUGAGGAAGCUGCUAAGUCGAUAUCGGCUUCCAGUAGCAACCCGAGAGAACCCUGUUAUCAAUGACUGCUGCAGAGGUGCUAUGCUUUCCCUGGCCACAGGGCUGGCCCACUCUGGAAGCGACCUCUCUCUGUUAGUCCCAGAAAUUGAAGAUAUGUACAGCAGCCCCUAUCUGCGCCCCUCAGAAUCUCCUAUCACCGUCGAGGUCAACUGCACCAAUCCAGGCACCAGAUAUUGCUGGAUGAGUACUGGGCUCUACAUACCUGGAAGGCAAAUUAUAGAAGUCUCACUGCCUGAAGCUGCUGCCUCUGCCGACCUGAAGAUACAGAUUGGCUGCCACACAGAUGACCUGACCAGGGCCAGCAAGCUUUUCCGAGGCCCACUCGUGAUUAACCGGUGCUGCUUGGACAAACCCACAAAAUCGAUCACGUGCCUCUGGGGUGGACUCCUCUAUAUAAUUGUGCCUCAGAACAGCAAACUGGGUUCUGUGCCUGUCACCGUGAAGGGGGCUGUGCAUGCUCCAUACUACAAGCUGGGGGAGACCACCCUGGAGGAGUGGAAGAGGCGUAUCCAGGAGAAUCCAGGGCCCUGGGGAGAGCUGGCCACGGACAACAUCAUUCUGACCGUGCCGACCGCAAAUCUUCGUACUCUGGAGAACCCUGAGCCGCUGCUCCGCCUCUGGGAUGAGGUGAUGCAGGCUGUGGCGCGACUGGGAGCUGAGCCCUUCCCUUUGCGCCUGCCUCAGAGGAUUGUUGCCGACGUGCAGAUCUCAGUGGGCUGGAUGCAUGCAGGGUACCCCAUCAUGUGCCAUCUGGAGUCAGUGCAGGAGCUCAUCAACGAGAAGCUCAUCAGAACCAAGGGGCUGUGGGGCCCCGUCCAUGAGCUGGGCCGCAACCAGCAGCGGCAGGAGUGGGAGUUCCCACCACACACCACCGAGGCCACCUGCAACCUGUGGUGUGUGUAUGUGCAUGAGACGGUCUUGGGCAUUCCUCGAAGCCGUGCCAAUAUUGCUCUGUGGCCCCCAGUUCGGGAGAAGAGAGUCAGAAUCUACCUGAGCAAGGGUCCCAAUGUGAAAAACUGGAAUGCAUGGACCGCACUGGAAACGUAUUUACAGCUCCAGGAAGCCUUUGGUUGGGAGCCAUUCAUCCGUCUCUUCACCGAGUACAGGAACCAGACCAACUUGCCCACAGAAAAUGUUGACAAAAUGAAUCUGUGGGUCAAGAUGUUCUCCCACCAAGUGCAGAAGAACCUGGCUCCAUUCUUUGAGGCCUGGGCCUGGCCCAUCCAGAAGGAAGUGGCUACCAGCCUGGCCUAUCUGCCUGAAUGGAAGGAAAAUAUUAUGAAAUUGUACCUCCUCACACAGAUGUAAGGAGUGCCCAUCGAGGUGGCAGGCCCCACUGAAAUUGAAGUCAAGAAAUGCAAAAAGGAAUUGACACAUCUCAGCAAAGAAAACUGAAGGGAUUUGGUUAUAAGUGGAGAAGAUCUCAGCAUAUUUCUGGAAGAUAGAAAGUGGAUGAAGCAUGAUAAUGAAAGAGUGAAGAACCUUUCAGAUAAAAUGUAAGCUGAUCUGAACAACAUAACCCCAAAGAGACUUGCACACCUGAAAAGCUUGUCUACUGAAGAAUUACUCCAGUUGUAAGAUUGAGCCCUCUCCUACUCUCCCCCAACUCAUAUGCACAGAACAGAGGCAGUCUCCACUAUUGAUACCAGUUAAAAAUUUCUUGUUAUUGUUGCUGUUGUUGUGUGUAUAAAGGAAUUGAACAGGCUGCUUGCAGAGAGAUAAGAGUUGGUGCUCCAGAAAAAAAUUUCUCUUCUAGUGGAAAUAAGUGCCCCUACCCCCAGCCAGUCAGCUAAUUCUCUACUGACAGCUGAGACCUCCUACUCAAGUGCCUGUUGCCUUCAGGUAUAGAAGAGUUUUGCUGAAGAAACAGACCUAACUGUACAACAGCAGAGGAAACCCAUGCCAACUGUUAUACAAGUUAACAGUUAUGUUGAUUCUUAAAUGGGAAUGGUGAGUUAGAAAUUCCCAGACAUGGGUGAUGGGGAGGGAAGAGGAAUAAGAAAAGUCACGAGGUAGAAUUAGGGGCCUUGAAAAUAUGACAAACUCUGAGGGAAACAAAGACAAUGUGGAAAGAAUAACUUAAUUUUAAUUCCAUCUCCAGAGAGAUUUGAGGUGUAUUUAAGAUGAAAAACAGGAUACUACAAAGAAACGGAAAACUCAGGAGUUCGAGACCAGCCUAGGCAAGAUGGCAACAUCCCGUCUCUACAAAAUAAUUUUUAAAAAUUAGCCAAGCAUGGUGGCAUGUGCCUGUGGUCCUAGCUACUUGGGAGGCUGAGGUGGGAAGAUCACUUGAGCCCAGGAGUUCAAGGCUUCAGUGAGCCAUGAUGGUGCCACUGCACUCCAGCCUGGGGGACAGAGUGAGACCCUGUCUCUUAAAAAGCAAGAAAAGAAAGAGAAGACUGAGAAUAAGAAGAUCUCUUUGAAAAUAAAAUAAGACUGCUAAAAUUAUUUGGUAUACAGUCUGGAAAAUAAAGUUGAGGGAAUCUCUCCAGAUAAAGAGCAAAAAGAAAUAGAUAGAAAAAUAUAAAGAAAGAAAAAAGACAUAGACAAUCAAUAUGUAAUGUUAGGAGUUCCUGGAAGAGAGAACAGAGACAGUGUAGGUGAAGAAAUAAAAAGAAAAAGAAUUGAAGAACAGAGCAAGCUAAGUCUCCAGAUUGAGAGGGCCCAAUACAAUCUACAUCUAGACACAAUAUUGUAAAAUUUUGGAAUAUUAAGGAUAGAAGGAAGAUAUUAAAGUGGCCAGGGAGAAAACAAAUGAGGUCAUCACGAUUAGCUCAACACAAAAAUGGAUGAGAAAUAGACUGCUAACAGAUUUGUCAUCAGCAACACUGAAUGCCAGAAGUCAAUGGAUCAACAUCUUCAGAGCUUAUGGAAAAUUUUUGUACCUAGAAUUUCAUAGUAAGGCAGACUGUCAAGAAGAAUAUCAAAGUGAAGACAUUUUCUGUCAGGCAAAUUUUCAGAAAGUCUCCCUCCUUUGCACCCUUACUGAGGAAGUAUCUUGAGGAAAUUCUCCAGCAAAAUGAGGAUGAAAACCAGGAAAGAAGAAGAAAUGGGAUCCAUAAAACAGUGGACCUUACUUAGGAUGUCUCAUUCUAGAGUGACAGCCAAAAGGAUAUCUCACCCUAGAGUGACAGCUAUCCGGCAGACUAAUUUCAGAUGAGAGCACACUGUCUUGGGCUUUCUGGGAAGAAUGUGCAUUCAGUGCCAUAGAUAGUAUCAUUGAAGAGCUUGGAUGCUUGAGAAGAUUAUUUAGUCAAGAAAAAAGAAAGACAAAUCAACAAUAUGUCAAAAAAUUCAGGUCCAAUUAUAGAGCAAAAUAAAAUGAGGCAUGAUUUUGAGUUAUUCAUGAAGAAUAAGAAGAGGCUUGAUAGGUACAUUUCCUUUUCUAUGGCACAGGCAUGAUGAUAUUGGGUGUGUAGGGAAGAAAAUAUCCUAGCUUAUACUAGGCUCCCAGUAAGAAGUAUUUAAAUAGCCAAAAUAAUGUGGAUAUCAUUUAUUAGUAUUCAGUGUUCAGAUCAGCCUAUUAACAAAGUGUGAAAGGUUUCAUUUUUUAUUCAGAACUGAAGUUGAAAGUAAUUAAUGCUGACAAAGGGAAAGAAAGCAGAAAGAGAUUGAGAAUUAGAGGAAGAGAAAUGGAAUCAAAGGUAGAGAUACUUAUAUAUUCAAAGUGGGGAUGAAAAGAUCUUCAGUUAAUGGAACAAGAACUAGAGGAUUAGUGUAUUGUUCAAAGCUAUAAAAUCAAACCAAUAGAUGUAUUAAAAAGUGAUGUAACUAUCAGAUAUUUGGAGAGAGAUGGACAAAGGAAAGUGGCGAUAGUGUAAGUUAAAUCCUUAUCUUUUGUAAUGGGGAAUUAUUAAAGAUGUUGUAAAGUCAGUAAGUCAAGAAAUUAUUGCUCAAACAUAUUAUUUAAAGUUAGAAAGUUAGUUACCAGACGAUCUAAAAUAAAUAUUGUUAAAAGCAUUACCUCUAGGGAAUGGGAUUUAGAAUUAAAAAGGGUGGGAUGGGAAACUGUGUUUUUCAUUUUAAGUCCUUCUGUACUAUUUAAUUUUUUACCUUGUGCAUGUAUUACUUUGAAAAAAAUUUUUAAUAAACCCAAAUAAAAAUCUU